GCGGUAGCGCACGCACACACACGCACAUACGAAGCGUUGAGUCAAGUCGAUACACACGGGAGUCUGGCUAUGCUGCAAAGACCUGCCGUGCUGUAAAAAAGAAAGCCCCUGCAACGGGAAGUUUUUCAGCCGGUGGCGUGUGUUCGGAGCCUUGUGUUUGCCUAAUCCCGAAACCGUCGUCGACGUAAGUGCUCCCAGAACGAUGGCGGACAACGAGCAAAAAGCCAUGCAGCUUGUCGCCGAUGCUGAGAAGAAAAUCAAGUCGGCCCAGGGCUUUCUCGGGUCGUUAUUUGGGAGUUCAUCUAAACUGGAAGAAGCAUGCGAAAUGUAUGCACGCGCCGCCAACAUGUUCAAGAUGGCCAAGAAAUGGAGUGCGGCCGGGAGUGCUUUCUGUGAAGCAGCCAACCUGCACCUGAAAAACGGCAGUCGACACGACGCGGCGACCUGCUUUGUGGAUGCUGGCACGUGCUACAAGAAGUCGGACCCGCAAGAGGCCGUCAACUGCCACCUGAAGGCUAUUGAAAUAUACACAGACAUGGGCCGCUUCACCAUAGCUGCAAAGCAUCACAUGACAAUAGCAGAGAUAUACGAGUCGGAAGUGGUCGACAUCGAGAAGGCCAUGUCCCACUACGAGCAGGCAGCUGACUACUUCAAGGGCGAGGAAUCUACAAGCUCUGCAAACAAGUGCAUGCUGAAUGUUGCCCGGUAUGCUGCCCAGCUGGAGCAGUAUGAGAAGGCGGUUGACAUUUAUGAACAGGUGGCAGCGUCGUCCCUAGACAACCAGCUGCUCAAGUACAGCGCCAAGGAAUACUUAUUCCGCGCUGCACUCUGCCAUUUGUGUGUCGACAUCCUCAACGCACAGCAUGCACUGAACAAGUAUGAACAGAUGUGCCCCUCAUUCAUUGAUUCAAGGGAAUACAAGCUAGUCAAGGCCUUGAUCGGCAAGCUGGAGGACCAGGACGUCGAAGGCUUCACGGACACCGUAAAGGAGUACGACUCCAUCUCUCGGCUGGACCAGUGGUACACGGUCAUCCUCCUCCGCAUCAAGAAGUCGUUGCAGGAGACGCCUGACCUACGCUAAAGAGAUUUCCUAUCCCGGUGGGACGAACGUAGAAGAAAAAAAAAAUAAGAAGUGGUGUCUGGAGACGCAUCUUUGUUGUCUGUUCCGUCUGCCCUGCUGUCCCACAUUUUUUUCCCCCCUUUUUGUUUGAAGCGUUAUGUUUUGAAGUUCGAGACCUGAAAAGUGAGGAACAGCAGCCAGGAUUGUUUGUGCAGCGCAAAGACUUGUUACUUGUCGUCUGCCUUUGGGUUUUAAUUCCUGGCGUGGGCAGACUGAAAAUAAAGGAACAUAACAGGCCGAAGGCUACAUUCGCAAGCUCAGAAAAAAGAAAAGCUGGCACUUUUGAUACCAUCGGUAGUUUGUAAGAUAAAGGAAAAAGCGAGAAUGUCGGGAUCAGUCAUGGCACCUGCCUAGUUUGGCAUAAUGAACGCCUCGUUUGGUUUUACAGCUUAAGCUCGAGCUGUGUGUCAUGAAACGCAUUGUUUGUUAAACACAUUGUCAGUCCACUCUUUCAGAUGGCGUGAGGGACAUAUAUGUAUGUACACAUGCACAUCAGAGCUUGUCCGAGAACAAGUUCUUUUGAGAUGUUACCUGUCGGGUCAGUCGCGCCAGAUCGGCCAUGGCAUCUGUCUGGUGGCACCUGUUUUGUCAACUGUGGCAGCUUAGCCAUAAAACUUGUGUUUGUGUGCUGGUGUGACUUGUGGGUUAACAUUUGUUCUAAACUGGAGUGUUCCAUAGACCAGACUGCACUUGCCCACAAAGUUCUUUUGAGUCAUCACCUGAUUGGGUUACAUCACAUCAGCACAAUUGUGGCGUCUGAUGUGUCACUUGUCGAGAUGUCUGUCGGGUCAUUCAUGCCAGCCUGUCCGAUUUGCUCUAAAUUGCAGUGUUCCUUUGGCCUGAGUGACCCUCCUAGGGAAGCGUGAACCUGCUCUUCAUUUUUGAGUCUUAGCAACUGUGUCUUGAUAUUCUCAUCAUGUUUGGCAUGCUGGGAUAGUUUAAUUUUUCCCAUGUUGGGAGAGAUCCAAACACUCGUGCAAUGUGCUGGAACCGCAGGCAUUUUGUUGCUUUCCAAGAUAAGCUAAGAUCUUCCCAAGUAAUUUUUUAUUUUUUUUUUCAUUGGAGUGGCUUUUUUAUUGGCAUCACUAUCGCAUCACUCAGAUCACAUGAGAUGUCUGGUUGGCAAGCAGCAAGCUCCGGAUAAUACCAAGCUUCAUUUUUUUUUAUUUGGUAGCUCAGUUGAUGUCAUUGGUGAGGGCUGCUUCAUUAUAUGGCUCAUGUGCUGUUGACAGAUUAAUCUCAGUUCAUUGUUUUCUCAUUUACAUUGUGUUUUUUUUCCUGCAAGUUUCUCAGCACUUCCGAUGCCAACGCUAAUUAAAGGUCCUAGAUUUAGAAUGGCAACGACGAAGCAAGUGAUAAUAAAGAGAUAUGCAUCUUGUUGAACAUUUGCGUUGCAGUUAUAUCAUGUACCAUUUCUGUCAAUCAGAACAAAAAUGGACCUUUUAUUGUAUAUCUCGCUGCAGAAGAGUUAUUUCUCUUUCGCAUGUGUAAAGUGGUAGUAAUAAUAUUUAUGGAAGCAGUGCAUUGUGAUCUGUGUUUUUUUUUUUUUUUCUCUCGUAGAUAUCAGUAAAACUUUCAGUUUGAGCCUAAUCUGGGCAAGCCAGGAAUUGGGGCUCACAGAGCAAAGAUUCUCAGUGGGCAUGCCAAGGUUAGGUCGGUUGUGUGGGGUGGCUUGGAGGCGUACUUAAAGCUGCAGCUAGACCGUAGGGUUGCAUUUCGAAAACCUUACUUCGUGUUAACGCUUGUUGCCACCCCAUAGUUUGAAGGAUCCCUUCCCAGUCACGACUUGUGCUGCUUCUUUUGAAUGUUGUCGUUCUGUUCUGCGCUUUUAAAGCGUGGACAGCAACGCUAGAAGAAGACAUUCCCACUAAAAAAAAAAAGAGCCAGUGUGUCUGCCUUGCUUCCAAUUAAGCCUACUGCUCUGAAUGUGUGCGUCUUGUAUAUUCAAAUUCUGACACAUCAUUUGCGACGCACGUAGUAGACAUCUACUGCCUAUUGGUGUCUAGCCAGUUCCCGUUUUCGCAUUUUACAACUGAGUGCCCAUUAAUUUGUCUCAAUCAAACUCCACGGCUCCGUGCUGGUGCUAUAAUGUCAUCGUCCAUUGUGGAGACUGGAAUCUGAAACUUGCAUUGCGUUUCAUGUUGUUGACCUGCUGUGAAGAUGGGGUUAAUGCAUAACUAGGAUGGCUAGCUGAAAGCCGGCAGAUAGCCUUUCAAAACAUGCCUGAAUAAGUGGCGCGGCGUGCAAAUACCCGAAGAUGAGUGGGGAGGCUUAAGCGAUUCAAUUAAAAUUUUGUUGCCUUGUGCCUGAUCGACCUGUACAAAACACUGGCGAAGAGUCGAGACAUCAUCAUUUAGUUUGCCACUUCGUGUUCAUUGCAAUAAGUGAUGAUGCUGGAAGCUCUUGGAGAGCUUUCAACAUCUUGGCGAUAAAAAAAGUACUUAAAAAGUCUCCUUCCAGUCCAAUCAUGAAGGCAAGGAUAUAUACUAGCUUAACACGUCUCGGAAAAGAGAUAAAAGUUCGAACAAGAUUUAAGUCCAUAAAAGCAACAAUCGGCUAUAACUCAGUAGUUGGGAUAUACAGAUGCCCGAGUCUGUUUACGACAAAUGAAGCUGGCCAUCCUGGUGUGGUAACGUUUGAGUGAUGUUGGAACAGGACAGCAAUCAGCUGACCACUUUGACAUUUGUUGCUACUGCUGCACACGUCAGAUGUUAGGGUUAGCAUUGAACAUCGAACCAAAACUAUUGUAUGUUUGUGUGUCACUCCACACGAGACAAAAUGUCUGCCAUGGCAUAGCGUGGGCUCUUACUAAGGAUGUACAAUUGGGCUCAAAAGUUCAUGGGACAGGGGCUCCACGACAAAUAUGUUCUUGCUCUGUCAAGUUGGCACGGCACUUUUAUUUUAGUGGAUCACAUUAGGCUGUGUAGGUCGCAAAGGCAAAUUGAAAUUUGUGAAUUCAAGGCUCUGUGCCGAGGCUUCGUGAAUAUUGUGCCCCAUAAACUGCUGUGGCGGACUGUACUUCUGCGUGUGUAUUUUUUGUACAUAGCUGACGACACAUUUUGAUUGCACACAGUUGCAUCGCGAGUGAGUUACACGGCAUGGCAAUUUUUCUCGCUCGCGUAAUGUUGCUUAGACAAAGCUUUUCACAUGUGACUUUAGGGUUAGCUGCUCUGUUAUACAGACACUGAGGCCUGCACCACAAGCAAAUAGUCUAUAUAAAACAAUACCAUGAUGUUUCUAGAAAGCCUCGCAUAAAUUUUAUGAGACCUUUGAGUCUCGUCUUGCAGAGUGUCUUGCCAAGUCUGCGUCUGACAUGUUUGGGCUUGACUUGGCAUCUGAAUCGUGUCACAGCUGCUUUGGUCACCCAAUUUUUCAUGUUCCUACAGAGCUAUAGACUUGGAUACAGUGUAUCACUUUUAUUAUUAUUUUUUUUAGUUUCUGUGAAGAUUAACAGAGGGUAGUGUGGUGCCGAAAUAGUUUCCUCGCAUGAGAGUCAUGCGUAGUGCAUAGAUUUUUCCUGACUUUGCUGUGGGCUCUGUUGAGAAUAGUUUGUUGGGUCUUCUCACUUUUCUUUGACAUCCAGCUUCGCUGUCUGUUUUUACAAGCUUUCUUACUGUGGUGAAAUGUUCAGCACUGCUGAACAUUUCAUCAUAAAAUUCUCAGAGUGAUAAAUGAUGGUAAGUUAAUAUUUCUCUUCAAAUUUCGGCAAUAUUUAAAUAGUAACUCGCCGUGUGGAGACCGUUUUUGAUACUGUAGGGGAAUCUCCGAAAAUAGUCUAAUAAAACAGUACUUCCAGGCUAAAUAACAAUUGUCAUUUAAAGUAACGGGGGGGUGGGGGUCGCUUCCAAAUUGAAGUUGAAUGCGAAAUUGCAGUUAAAGUAACAUGUUAAGAGGGAAGCUUCAGUGGAGUGCCGGUGCUUUGACAAGAUGACUUAUAUUCGUUUUGUUCAAGCCAAGUUUAAGAACAUCACUUGUCUUUAGUCAGGUGAAUACAAAACUUGUUAUUCUUGUAAAAACAGUGGUAUCAGAUUGAUGCUUUGUUUUUCUAUGGUUUCCUUUAACUGACUGCUAACAAACUUGUAAUCAUCGAAGACAUUUUGAGCCAACUGAUUGAAAGACUAAGAAUGCCAGGCCUAGAUGUUACUCGAUUGUUCAUUGAGCAUUGCGUGUCGCUGCAGGGGCUAGCAUCAGAUUGUCCUUUGUUUAUGCUUGUGUGAAACUGUGUACUUUUUGCAUGUGAAACUUAGCGUGCAAUAUAUUACUGCGGGUUAUCCCCAGCCUAGAGAAAAAGUGUUUAGCAUAUCCGGAAACAAAAGCAUUAGAAGGUCGCCCAUUAGUCAACAGCAUGCUACAUGCAUAUAUUGCACAGUGUUCUCGAGAGUGUUAAAAUAUUGGGCUUUGCAUGUUGCAGUUCAGCCUUAUUGUUUCAGGUUCCAAGGUGUAAAUAAUGUAAAAAAAAAAAGCUAUAUAUGCACAUGCUAUCAUUGCUGUCCUUGUACUACUACUCAUCGUGUCAUAGCAUUCCCCUUCCCAAAGUGUUUUAUCGCCUUGUCUAUUGCCUCAUAAGAGCUUUGUCAUGCUUUUCCCAUCUUCAGUGCAGACCUAUUUUCUGUGCUGAUAGCAGGUCCGUAGACCUCUGAAAUGAGUGAAUGUCUGGUUUGGGCACGCAGUUGCUGCAUUAACACUGAUAUUCAAUACCGACGUGGAGUUUCAUGCAAUUACUACUAGAGGCCAGUGUGGCCACAACAAAAGACCCCAUGCAAAAUUUUGCAGGGCCCUCCCAGUGAAUGUAAGGAAUUGCCCGCACCAAGAUGGCCGACCUCACACACGCAGAACUGUCGUGGCUCGAGGGCUGUGUGCUGCAGCUUGAAAAAGGGGAACCUGGCGGGAAUGGCGGCCGUGAAACAUAUUGGCAAACUGUGCAACUACAAGACAGUGGACAAGAAGUGUCGAUAGCACAUACACUGCUUAGGAUUAGGUCAUGUCAGUCAACUAGUUGUAACCGUACUCCAUGUCUCUCAGAGUCCCUACAGGCGCAAAUUAUAUCAUGGACUGUCUGUAAAUGCGUCAAAUUGACACCACUUUAUUCCAAGGCGCUCAACACUCCAUUGCACGAAAGACAACAUGGAAGGAUGUUGCUUCGUGCAUUUUCUAGUGAGUCUUCACAAUUGGAAUGUGGUUAAAUAUCUAUUUAUUGUGUAGUCAGUCAUGUUGCAUUUUUCGCAUAAAAUGAAUUGAAUCACAGGCUUGAAGUACGUGCACAAUUUAAUUUUUAGCUGCACACAUAUUGAAAAAAUAAUUAUUCUUACUACAUCACUGCCAGAACAUGGCACGAUACGUGAUGUGCAGCACACCGAGUUAAAUGGAGGCACAAUGAGUUGAGGGGGUUCAAUUCACCCAAAGCUCCGUUGCUUUUUUUUUUCUUUUUUUGUCACCAUUCGAGAUAAGAGGGCAAUAAGUUGCACUCAGAAGUGUGGACACCGUGCCUGAAUGGGCUAUGCUGUGAAAAGAAAGCUGUGGUUUGCACCAACCAACCAGAAAUGAGCACCAGAAGGGCUCCUCCAUUGUCCCACCUCUGAUUGCCAUCUGUGCAACGUCGACUAAAUGAAGGUCGUCAUGGAAGGAUUAGUAGAGCGCAUUGGGCAAGCCCUUUUCUGGACCAUGGAGUGGCCCUUGUUAUUGAUUGGCUGAUACAAGGCCGAGCCUUCACUGCGCUGUGUGAAGUUUGUAAGACGGAGUAUAGUUCGCUAGUUUGACUCUUAAGCUUUUCUGGGUGGAUUCAGACCCUGCGAUCCCGAGCCCGAUUUGUGCUUUUUUUUUUGUGUAGGACAAAUCAGAGUUGCUGGGAUGGUGGAAUUUUAAGGUUGAACCACCAAGCUGGGAGCUUGUUCAACACGAGAUUAGCUUUUGGGUAGGUUGAAGAAUGAAACUUAACAGUUUCGUUAAUGCUAACAUUGUUAGUGUCGGAUUCUCAUCUGGUAGUUUUUGCAUGAAACUCCUGUGUCCGUUGGAGUCCGUAGCCAAUGAUCACAAGUGGGUGCGGGCUCCAUGAGUCAAUGGGAUUCCGCCCCCCCUGUUCCAUUCAAGCUUGGUUGUAUCCUUAGGCCUCUGUGUGCGAGAAUGAUGUCCGCGAUUCUUGCUCUUCAGAAACUUUCAGAUCUGCUUGUUGGGGCCGACUUGACACUGUUCAACAGAGCACGUCUGUCGGCCGUGUGGAGUCUUGGCUUUGGGCAUAUAUUGAUAUCUAUUAAAGGAUGUUAUCUCAGUGAA